AAGAGGCCGAAGCUGCUCAGACAGACAGUCAGACGGACAGACAGACGGACUGUGAACGUCACAGGAGAGAGAAGACCAGUGGACUUAAACCUACAUCCUCAGCUCUGACUUUAUAUCAAAGAGAAGAAGAAGAAUGGGACUGCACAGUGUUGAAGAACUGGUGACCGGUAAGAGGUCAGAGGGCAAAGAGGCCGAAGGUUUCCAGGGAGGCGAGUACGAGGCGGCGGUGAACCAGGAGAAGCAGGAUGACCGGAGGUCUCACCUGGAGCUGGAGCUGGAGCUGGAGGUGGAGGUGGAGGUGGAGGUGGAGGUGGAGGAGGGCGACAGCGAGCAGGAGGAGGUCAGCGUGGCGGCUCUCAAUACGGAUAAAAGCGGCCGACUGAAGCUGGAGACGGUGGACGAUCUGUUCAACAUCCUGCAGCUGAGGAAGAAGAGGAGGGAGAGGAAGGUUCCCGUCCACAAGAAACAACAACCAGAGCCAGAGACCCUGCCAGAGAUCGUGGAUGAGCAGCUGUUUCUUACUUCAGCUAUGGAGAACAAACUUCCUGUAGUGGAGAAAUACCUGAAAGACGGAGGAAACCCAAACGCUGCCGACCACUUCCAGAGAACAGCUCUGCACAAAGCUUCCUUCAGAGGUCAUGUGGACGUCAUGAAAACUCUGCUGGAGGCUGGAGCUGCCAUCGAGAAAAAAGACAAGCUGGAGGCGACGGCCGUCCACUGGGCCUGCAGAGGAGGCAGCCUGGAGGCCCUGCAGCUCCUCCUGGACCAGGGAGCCAAAUUCACCUCCAGAGACAAGCUGCACAGCACCCCCCUCCACGUCGCCGUGAGGACGGGACACUGCCAAUGUGCCGAGCAUCUCAUCCACUGUGGAGCCGACGUCAACGCCAAAGACAGAGACGGAGACACUCCCAUGCACGACGCCGUGAGGAUAAACAGAUUCAAGAUGAUCAAGCUGUUGAUGAUGUACGGGGCAAGUCUCAACACCAAGAACUCUGAUGGAAAAACUCCAAUGGAGACGCUGUAUUCGUGGCAGAACGGAGCCAAGAGCCUCCUGUGCAACUUCAACGAGGAGAACCCCAACAAGUAGAACCCGAAGACGAGGACUUAGACUCAGACUGAGCUGCAGGAUCUGCUGGAGAAACAGUUACAAAUUCAGUAUUUUCUGGUCCACACUGAGGUUCACGAAACAAACACUCAUCCAGGGAAGCUUUUCAAAGUGUUUUUCAGCCUCACAUGUUGACUCACACACACCGAGUCCCUCAGGAAACCGGCUGCUGGAGGAGAUCUUAGAUUAACCUACCUCCUCCUGGUUCAGGGAUUUGAACCAGCAACUCCUCAGGCUGAUCUUCAACCUGCUGAUCAUAAACACGUCUGGUCAUUGUGGAGGGCAGCCUUUGAUCGACAAUGUGAAAUCCAAUCAGAAUGUCAUUAAUAAUGUGAUUAUUAGCUCUGAUUGAUUCAUUGAUCGCCAUAUAUUGCUGGACAAUGUCUCGGCUGACGGUACGAAGAUGUUUUUUUUCUUAAUUUUACUUUAAGCUCAAUUGAAGUCAAUGAGUUGGUGACUUAUUUAUUGAUUAAUGGCAUCAUUGUCAGAUUUAUUAUUAAACUGAUGCAUUCAAUACAGUUAAUAUAAGAGUGACUGAUUGUCUAGACUUAUACAAGAGUUGGUUUAAUGUAUAUUUAUGGUCAGAUUUAACCGAAUAUAUGUAAGAUAUUGAUUUUUUUCCAAUGAAUAGAAAUCAGAGAUGCUGCUUUAGUGGUUCCAGGUUCACAUCACCUGGUUUACCUGCAGUCUCUGUAUUGAAUCCAGUGUAAAACUUAAAAAACACUCCAAAUCAGUGUGAAAAGAACUGAGCCUUUUCUUUGUAGUAGAUGUCGUGUGUUGUUAUAUUCAAACAUUCAGACGAGUUUAAUCUUUGGUCUUAUUUAUUUUAAGAUUGAGAGAUGAGAUGGAAACAGUAAGUUGUUGAGUCCAAUUGAGAAGAAACUCUCCGCUUUCACUAUAGUUUUAAUUCCCUCAAACCUGAUUUAUUGCAGGUUUAGUCUGAACAACCUUUUAACAUCGUCUUGUUCGGAUUUGUUUCAGUCGACUUCAGCUGUGAUUCACUGCGACCCCAACGUCUCAGCUGCUGACUACUUCUGUUCACUUGCACUGACCGUGUCAUUUCUAGUUGCAGCUUAUUGUUCUUAUUUAAUAAAACGCACACAGCAAAGUGUGAGAGAGGACGAGCUGAAAAGUUGGUUGAGAGGAUGUUUGACGAGCGUUUAUGUGGCUGAAACAGGCCUUGAUGUAUUUCUUUAGUUUUUUAAAAGAUGUAUGUUUAUUUUGCUUUGUAUUUAUGGAUUGUAUUAAAGAAUAAAAAAAGCUGAUUUUGAAA